AUGUUGAAGUGGUGUUCGAGCAGUAGUACUUCCGGCAGCAGUACGUGCGGGAGUACGUGUGACAAAAAGGAUGACUCCUUGAGUCUCGACCUGGAAGAUGACGAAUCGGGACCUGCUCGAGGAUCGAGUGGAGAACCAUCCCAGGUCGCCAGAUUGGAUUCGUACAGUUUCUCCAUGUUGAACUUGCAAGAGAGCCAGGAUAAUGAGCUGGAUGCAAUCCUCGGAGAGCUCUGUGCACUCGGCUCCCAAUUUGAGAAAGAGCUGCACGGACUCAGAGCCGCUACUGAGGAAUCGCCUCCGGCCACCACUAAUUUGAAGAAGGAUCCAAAACCCACAGCAUCAGCUCCACUUAAAGCUCCUGAAUCUGUCAGCACUAUCGCCCCCACGCGAAGCGAUGGUCGAACUGACAGUCCCGAUAACGAUUCGGCCUUCUCGGACUCCAUAUCGAUGCUCUCCGGCGAGUCUUCGGCGUCUUCCGGAGCACGGACGUCCUCGUCGCAAGAGAGUAGUAAGCAAGAAGGCACACUUGGAAUAAACGAGGAGCUCGCCACAGCGGUCGGUCUCCACGAAGUGCAAACAACUCAGACGGAUCAAGCAGCGCAAGUCAAAAAAGAAAAAAUCAAAUUGGCUCUACAAAAACUCAAGGAAGCCAGUAUCCGCAAGCUCUUCAUCAAAGUUUUUUGUUCCGAUGGCUCGGCAAAAAGUCUGCUCGUUGAUGACACGAUGUCCGUAGCGUACUUGACAAAGUUACUCGCCGAGAAAAGUCAUGUCAAUAUGGAUCCGAAAUGGGCUCUGGUAGAAACCAUUCCAGAAUUGUAUAUGGAGCGUGUCUAUGAAGAACACGAAAACCUCGUGGAAAACCUGCUCCUCUGGACACGGGACUCGUGCAAUAGGAUCCUGUUCGAGGAACGAUCGCUGAAGUACGAUGUCUUCGCCAAGCCCGAGAAAUACCUCGCGGACUCGUGCACCCAAACCCAGUUGGACAUCGACGAAGACCAGAGAACGGGAUUGAUUGAGGAGUUCUUCCUGUCGCCUGGCACUUCAGGAGUUUCUGUUCCUGAAGUGGAAGGUCAGCUUUACCUCAAGUCUGAGGGCAAGAAACACUGGAAGAAGCAUUUCUUCGUUUUGCGUGCAUCUGGACUGUACUAUUGCCCGAAAGGAAAGUCCAAACUGCCCAAGGAUCUCGUGUGUUUGACAACUUUCGAAAUGAACUGCGUCUACUUCGGCGUAGGCUGGAAGAAGAAGUACAAAGCGCCAUCAGAGUUCGGAUUCGCGAUGAAGCAUCCCCAGAUUCAGAGCAAAUCCUGCAAGAACAUCAAGUACCUAUGUGCGGAUGACCUUCCCACUCUCAACAAGUGGGUGACGGGGAUCCGUAUCGCAAAAUACGGCCGACAGAUCAAGGACAACUACGAUGCUAUACAACGGGACAUCGUUGAAGCCGACCUCGAGAAGUUAGCGUACCACAGGUCGUUCUCAGUCUCAUCGAUGGCGAAACAGCUCGCCGUGAGUCCAGACAGUUCGAGCAAUUCCAGCAGUCCAACCGACGUAACUCAGCAGCCGAAGCUCCGCCACAGCGCUUCGACAGGAUCGGAUUCCACCCUUCUGGGCGAAACGAGUCCCGAAAUUCCAGUGAGCACCGCACAACCACAAGCCCCUUCGAGUCUACGGCGAAGAGACUCAAUCGCUUCGUCCAGCGGUGGAUCUUCCAGCAUAGGCAGUAUGUCGUCCGAUCGUUCUUCCGUGGCGUCCGACCCGGCCGUGGUCUUUGAUCUCGACUUCCCGGGCGGUACGAUCAAGCGCAAACCAAAUCUCACACCCCGUCUGCCGCUCACAAGCACCACUAGGAGCCUCGUGAAGGAUUCGAGCAGUGCCAGUGGGGUGGGCUCUUCCCUCGACGACAGCGUUUCUAUCGUCUCCGGCUCGUCGUUCGGUUCCGGCGGCAGUCUGGGUCGAACGGCCGGGCUCCGGUUUUCGCUUAGGAGAUCACACACCGACGAGCAAAUGACUGCUACCCUGGCACGACUCAAACAACGCCAACCUCUGAACGUGGCCUCGCCCACGGCCCCCAUGGUCGCCAGCAAGGGACCUUUGACGCCAACGAAAGCGAUACAGCUCUUACCGAUGCCACCAGUGGAUGCCUCGAGUCUCGAAGACAUUUCCGAGGCCAGUCAGGCGACCCCUAGGGCGUCGCCUCAGCACCGUCCGGUCGCUCCACUCACCGCCAAGAACCUCGAAAAAUUAGCCCAGGACCUGGCUGCCCAAUGUAGAACAGACCUAACCAGUCUAGGCCCCGCUCCCAAGAAGACACCAUCGGUUAUAUACGCGGAACCGAGUUUGUCGAAAAUACAGGAGAUCGUUGCUACGGCGAACGGACAAUCUUGUACGAAUCCUGCGAGCUUAUCGUCUCACUACCAAGCGACUUCGAACCUGGGGUGCGUAUCGUCGGCUCUCGGAGCGAGUACGACAUCGAUCGACUCGUUGCCUCCGCCACCCCCUCCGAUGCCUCUGGGGGACCAGACGUCGUGGCCUUCGACGUCCUCGUUAUGUUCCUUGCCGCCACCUCCUUCGAACUUGGCUACGCCGACAAAUAGUCCGCCCUUCUCGAACCAAACGACGCCCACCGUCGGUUCCCCUAUGUGUGGCAGCAACCAAGCAACUCCAACGAACGAGCGUGUGGGUCUACCAAGAGAAGUUGCUCCGUCAUGGCUGAACAGGGCAUCUUCUUUGUGCGGAUCCCCGUCUCGCGCGAAGCCCGCCCCUCCACGCAGAAGUGAGACUACAAGAUUGUCGUCGCCCGGUAAACGCGUGCAAUUCAAUGAACAGCGCAUUGAUACGAGCCCUUCAUCGAUGAUCAGUCCCCCUGACGAAUUCCUUCGAGAUCUUCAUCGUGUGAUGGACAAGAAAUGGAAAGUUGCUCAGACACUUACCACGAUGCAGGAUCACACCGCGCACCAGAUUUUGGGCUUUCGAGACCCUCGAGUUCUCAGCGAGGAGGAAAGGAGCGUUACCACUCCGUUGCGAGGGAUCCUUGUUCAGGAGCCCGAGCGUAACAAUCGUAUUCCGAAACAAGUUCGCCUAGAUCUCCCAGGACUUGUGUGCAAUUCGCCAAAGGCCAAACCGCCACCACCAAAGCGCAGCGACACUACCCAGCUUUCGUGUACGCUGCAAUCACCGGCGAGUCCCAUCGGACAGCGACUCGGCAUCUACUAGAUGAGGCCCGAUGAGAUCGAGUCGAGUU